AUGGACAGAGAGUCGUCAUCGCAGUUCACAGCUGACCGUGACGCGGAAGCUGUGCCCCACAUCACGUCGAGGGAGGAACUCGCCGCACCAUUGAGUAUCACGAGGAGUAACGCCGAGUUACUGGGAAAUUUGGAUGAUGAUGAUGGCAGCAAAAACUACAGUAAUGAGAAGGCGGAGAGCGGGUUAUUUAGGAAUGAGGAAAGUCUGAUGUCAAGGGAAACGUUAUGGGGGAGCCCGUGCAGGCCAAAAAGCGACUUCAGUAUUUCUUGUGGUGCCUCAUUACGCGAUGGUACUUUAUCUAAGGCCUUUCAAGGGGAGCAGGUGCCCAUGCAAUUAAACGAGGAGAAUCUCUGUCAGAUGAAGAGGGAGAUGGCGGAAGGAAAAGUGAUCUUGCAACCCGAAUUAAUUGACGUUGAUCCAUACCACAUUAAGCGAAGGGCGGCCAAAGAGAAAAAUGUAAGCGUUAUUUCAGUGGCGUCAGAGGCAGAAGAUGCAACCGGCUCUUCAAUUGUGAAUU